AUGCCAGCAACCACCCAGCCAGACCCAAGCCUCCUGUUCCUGCACCUGUGCAUACAGAACUCAGACCUGAACAAGAUUGAUUUUGCUGCUGUCGGCGCCGCUACCGGCCUCAAUAUCCCCGCGGUUCGGAUGCGUUAUUCCCGCCUGAAGAAAAGCCUCGAGAGCAGCAUCGUCGAUGGCAAAGUGAAUUUGAAUGUCAAGUCCGCUGAGAAUGCCGCGCCCGCGUCCGCAGAGGAGCAGCCUGACGCAUCUCCUGCGUCUCCGUCGUCCGCGCAGAAGAAGAAAAACCGUGUGGCCAAGAGGAAGGUGGUGGGUAAGCAGGAGAAGGUGGCGGCCAAGCAAGAACACUAG